AAACGGACAUGUAUAAAACAUAAUUCUUACUGCUGUAAGCGGGUUACAAUCACCAGAUCAGUGAGACCAUCAACAUCUAUCUCAUAACUAUCGUCAGUCAGUUAAAAUACAACCCGGGCUCGGAAGCGCAACACGUAGCGGAUAUUCUGAGUGGUCCGCUUUUAACAGGAAUAUUACAGGCAUCGUGAAACAAUGAAUCGGAGGAAAACGGGCAACGUGUUCUCAACAGAUAAGAGUGGGGAUAACCCAGUUCAGGGAGUUGGGUUUUACGCGCGAGAAAACCCAGCGUUCUCUCCGGACGCAAUAACAGAUAUCGAGUUCGCAAAAACUGGAGACGAUGACGCUGUCAGUGGGAGCAGUACCAAAAGUGCCUCGGACAGUAACAGCAGUGGUGUUUACAGUAUUGAUGAUAACCAAAAAAAUUCAAAUAAAAAUAAAUCAACAACAAAAGACAACAAAGAUGAAAAGAAAGAUGGCGGCACCCCUAAGGUUGCGAUGAAAAGAUCUUUAACUCUCUUCCAUUGCGUGGCCAUUAUGGUAGCUGUAACCGGCCAUUCCUCUGUGUUCAUCUCUCCGUCUAAUAUCCUCAGGUCAGCGGGGUCAGUGGGGGCCUCUUUGGUAGUAUGGCUCAUUGGGGGACUUAUCAACAUGAUGUUGGCUCUUUGUUUCGCUGAACUGGGAACAAUGCUACCACACGCGGGAGGUCCUUAUGCGUACGUUAUGCACACAUUUGGCCCGUUACCAGGGUUCCUCAUCAUGUGGGGCUAUGUGGUCCUUGUGGCUGGUCCCUUUUGGGCUUUUUUGGCCUACACAGCUGCCCUCUACAUCGUUCAACCGGUGUAUCCCGACUGCGAGGCUCCGGAUAGCGCCGUGAAGCUGUUGGCUGGCUGGAUCAUGAUCACAAUGGUUAUUCUGAACUGUGUCUACAUGAAGUACGUGAUCAAAGUGCAGUCCCUUCUUGCUAGUACUAAGAUCAUCGCCCUGGCGAUCAUCGUUGUGGCCGGGAUCAUUCAGCUGGCUAAAGGUGAGACGGAAAAUUUCCAAAAUUUAUUUGAAGGAACAUCCAAGGAGCCUGGAGAAUUCGGUCUUGCCAUCCUUUACUCUGUCUUCUCAUAUGGGGGCUGGCAGGUGAUGACAAGCAUGAUGGAGGAGGUAAAGCAGCCGGGCAGAGAUUUACCUCGUUCUGUCUACAUCACGUUUAUAGUCGUCAUCAUCAAGUACAUCAUGACCAACGUGGCCUAUUUCACACUGCUAAGCCCUUCGGAAGUCCUUGGUUCUCAGGCAGUAGCACUUCUGUUUAUCCGGCGAGUGUACAGUCCCAUUAGUGCCGUUAUAUCCGCAUUGGUGGCUACUACGUCGAUCGGGGCUCUCAACGCUUCGAUCAUGGGGCAUUCCAGGUUACUGUUCGCCGGGUCCCGCGUCGGACACAUGCCCGUUAUUCUUGGGAUGAUCAGUCAUAAGUACCUAACGCCCUGGCCCUCCAUCCUUGUACUGCUGACGUGGGGACUAGUGAUGCUGUACACAGGGGGUGUGGUAGAUAUGAUGGACUUUAUAGGACUUUACUCCACGAUUAUGGGUAUCGCUGUCGUCAUUUCCCUCCUGUACCUCAGGUACCGGAAACCGGACGAAAACCGGCCAUACCAGACGAUGACUUUCGUCCCUCUGGUCAUGUUGGUAGUCAACAUAGCAGUGCUAGUCCUAGCUAUCUACCAGAAACCCCAGAAGAUGGGUAUAGGGUUGGGUAUCCUCUUCGCCGGAAUCCCACUCUUCUGGUUCGGUGUUCUCUGGGAGCCCAAGCCAAAGUGUUUCCGGGAGUUUAUAGGAGGAUGGACGGUAGUUGCCCAAAAGAUGUUCAUGAUUGGGAAAACAACAUCGUGAUCUCAUCAAUGAGAAAACCUAGUCGUGAUAUCAAUCUUCUUCUGAAUGAUCCCGAAGAUGAGAAAACGAGGAGAUAAAUCUCAUCGUGAUCUCAUUUACUGGAAAACAUCAUUGUUAUCGCUUAAAGAGGAAACAUGAACAUGCUCUGGUAGCUCAUAAAACCUGAUCAUGAACCAAUCAAGGAGAAAACCUCGUCGCGAACAGGUAAACGAUAUAUCUUCAUCGUGAUCUCGUCCAUGAGGAAGCUUCAUUGUAAAGUCGAUUCAUCAAUUUAUCAUGAUCUCUUGAUUGGAUAAUCGCUAUCGUUUCUUCUAAGUGGAGGAACAGCAUAUCCUGUGACGUUAUUGUCGUGAUAAGUGAGGACAAUAUCGCGAUAAGGUAGGACAAUGUCGUGAUAAGGGAUGACAAUGUCGUGAUAAGGGAUGACAAUGUCGUGAUAAGGGAGGACAAUGUCGUGAUACGGGAGGCAAUGUCGUGAUAAGAGAGGACAAUGUCGUGAUAAAGGAAGAUACUGUCGUGAUAAGGGAGGACAAUGUCGUUAUAAGGGAGGACAAUGUCGUUAUAAGGGAGGACAAUGUCGUUAUAAGGGAUGACAAUGUCGUGAUACGGGAGGCAAUGUCGUUAUAAGGGAGGACAAUGUCGUGAUAAGGGAGGACAAUGUCGUUAUAAGGGAUGACAAUGUCGUUAUAAGGGAGGGCAAUGUCGUGAUAAGGAAGGGCAAUGUCGUGAAAGGGAAGGACAAUGUCGUGAUAGGGAAGGCCAAUGUCAUGAUAAGGAAGGGCAAUGUCGUGAUAGGGAAGGACAAUGUCGUGAUACGGGAGGCAAUGUCGUUAUAAGGGAGGACAAUGUCGUGAUAAGGAAGGACAAUGUCGUGAUAGGGAAGGACAAUAUCUUGAUAAGGGAGGACAAUGUCGUGAAGAUAUUAACUGCGAUAUAGCCUCACGUAACAAAUAAGCAUAUGUCUGUGAUAGAAAGAGACGGAAGUCAUCUGAUACGUGACGUAGCUACGUCGACGGUUCGCAUGUUUUCAUAUUUAACUCGCGACUGCAGACUAAUUAUAAAUCUGUGGUAAACCUUAAGGGUCCCGAGUCUUUGUGUCCUUAAUGACAUAGAUUCUGGGUGAGCCUUUGGGGUCCCGAGUCUAUGUGUCCCUGAUGACAUAGAUUCUGUGUAAACGUUUAGGGUCCUGAGUCUUUGUGUCCCUGAUGACAUAGAUUCUGGGUAAACCUUCAGGGUCCUGAGUCUACGUGUCCCUGAUGACAUAGAUUCUGGGUAAACUUUUAGGGUCCCGAGUUUAAAAGUCUCUGAUGACAUAGAUGCUGGGUAAACGUUUAGGGUCCCGAGUCUAUGUGUCCCUGAUGACAGAUAUUCUGGGUAAACGUUUAGGGUCCCGAGUCUAUGUGUCCCUGAUGACAUAGAUUCUGGGUAAACGUUUAGGGUCCCGAGUCUAUGUCUCCAUGAUGACAUAGAUUCUGACUUCUUCGAAUCCACGAGUUCUGUUUUCGAUUCUACAUCCUUGGAAUAUGCUAUGAAAAAAAUCUUUGUAACAAUGCGAUUCCUUUAAUCGUUGUCGGAGACGUUACACUGGUGUAGUAGUACCAACCGCAAGCCUGUUAUCAUGAUACACCCAAGGGUGUAGAUAAGAUAUAAUGGCUGGGAGCCGAGUCCGUGGAUUUGGGAGGUGGGAUCCUGACUGCCAUGUAAGGAUGGUUGUCUCUAGUCAGACUAGUGUUAUAGAAGGCGCAGUUUGUGCUUGUCGUUGUCAGUUGGCGUGAUACCUUACUCUUAUGAGGUUAUGUACUCCCUUUAGUCUUUAGUACGAAGUAGCCAUGCGUAGCGCUGUGCAUGUAUGACUGUACGUACUGUGAAGUCGGUUGGUCAGCAGACAGUAACGGAAAUCGGACAAUUUAUUUUUACAACAAAGUCAGGAUUCUCGACGACUUCGGUCUGGUUAAUACUGUACAGACUGUCAGCAGAAAAUGCUCCCCCUACACAAGCUUGCAUGCUGAAAUGUCAAACUCACACCUGUGCUUGAAUCUAUUUCAUUCCUCCACCUGUAACAUGUGGGACUUGGGCAAGAUUGUAUGUCCUGCAUUAUAUCAAUAGUCUUGCUCAAGUCCGAGUUACUUUCAGGUGGAAGGGGCAGUCGAACCCAGCGCAUGUUUGUUAAACUUCUACGAUCAGUAAUCUUUAUGAAUUUACAUAUUUGCCUUCAAGUUUCUAUGUUACUUAAUCUGUAUUUGAUGUUUAUUACUGAUAAGAUUAUUUCUGUGACGGACUUGAUACACCAUAUAACUCACUGUGCACAGAUAUCAAGAAUGAUAAGAGACAUGUAUUUCCAGAAUGUUACCUCAUGUUUAGUUUUUUUCAAAUUUUAUUCAUCGAACAUUUUAUUACAUUUUAUGGAACUGCCAUUUGUUAAUGUUUUUUUAAUUGUUAAUAUCUUAAACUAUAGAAAAAUCCUCACAGUGAUUAAGUUUCAGUCACAUAUAUAUAUUGUUUAUAUUGAUUUUUUCUGAUAUUGUUUCCUUAUUUUACUAGAAUGUCUUUCAAUUUAUCAAAAUGUCUUUCAAUUAGUUUUUUAUCAACGUGUGUAUUUUUUUGCAGUAUAAA